AUGAAUUCGUCGCGUUGUGUGUCCGUAGAUGAAACAGCACAGAACUCACACAAAAGCUUCGCUGACAUUGCUAUGGUAGGUUGGGGAAGUGUUGGCGUGGGUUGGUUUUUGGUCAUUGAGGAAGUUUUUUGGCUAGAAAAAAAAAUUUUUUUGGGGAGGGGGAAGAAGUGAAAAAAAAAUUUUGAUAGAGUAGGCAAGCAUAUGAUAGGGUAGUGUAGGGUAAGGUAGAGUAGGGUAGUGUAAGUUAGGGUAGGGUAGAGUAAUGUAAGGUAGGGUGGAAUAAGAUAGGGUAGAUUACUGUAGUGACAACAAAAAUACGUACAUAUAUAGUACUAAAGAUUGGGUAUGUAACAGUAUUAUGUGUAGUCGACUGACUACAAACGGAAAUUUAAUCAGCACUUCUGAAGGCAAUAACAAUAUAUGUAUGUCAUGUAGUAGUGUAAUGUUAGAACUAUAGUUAAGGUUUUUCUACCCUCAUAUAUAUCCCUACUCUACGUUUACUUUGGCCUUAGCCAUGCUCUACUCCUACCCUUAUCCCUGCAUUAUCCUUGCUCUACCCCUACCCUUACCCCUGCCUAAGCCAUGCACUACCCCUACUCUUACCCCUGCCUCAGCUGUGCUCUACCCUUACCCCUACCCUUACCCCUGCCUUAGUCUUGCUCUACCCCUACCAUUACCCCUGCCUUAGCCAUGCUUUACCUUUGCCCUUGCCCCUGCCUUAGCUAUGCUUUACCCCUACCCAUACCCUUGUUUUAGCCUUGCUCUACCCCUACCUUCACCUCUGUUUUAGCCUUGCUACCCCCACCUCUGCCAUAGCCUUGCUUUAUUCCCGGCCUUACCCUUCCCUUAACCAUGAUCUACCACUACCCCCUUAACUCUGCUUUAACCUUGCUCUACCCCUGUCUUUACCCUGUCUUAGCCAUGCCCUAACCCUACCCUUACCUCUACCCCUACCUUCCUACCCAUGCCUAUAGAAAGCACUGCAAAGAUGUACAAUGUAAAACAUACAUAAUGCGUUAUUCGUGUCUGUUUUCGGAAACAAUCUUUCCAAAGGACAUUCAAUUUUCGCCUUUUUUUAUUUUUUUUUUGUUUUCGAUAUAACCAAAUUGCCCUUAUGGCCGAAGAUAGUGCCAAGAUAAAAGUGUCAAGAGUUUCGAAUGCGUUCAUGACAUUCAAAUUUUGUUGAAUGUGUUGACAAUUUUAAUAAGGGGUUUAUUUUAUAGAGGGUGGGAGUACGGGUAGAGGUGUAUUUUUUAGAGAGUAAGGGUACGGGUAGGGGUUGAUUUUAUAAAGAGUAGGGGUAUGGGUAGGGUUGAUUUUAUAAAGAGUAGGGGUAUGGGUAGGGUUGAUUUUAUAAAGAGUAGGGGUAUGGGUAGGGUUCAUUUUAUAAAGAGUAGGGGUAUGGGUAGGGUUGAUUUUAUAAAGAGUAGGGGUAUGGGUAGGGUUCAUUUUAUAAAGAGUAGGGGUAUGGGUAGGGUUGAUUUUAUAAAGAGUAGGGGUAUGGGUAGGGUUCAUUUUAUAAGGGGUACGGACAGGGGUCUAUUUUAUGAAAAUUAAGGCUUGUUUAAAGAGGGUAAGGGUAUGGGUAGGACUUUAUUUUAUAAAGAAUAGCAUGCGGGUUGGGGUCAAUUUUUUAGGGAGUAAAGGAAGGAAUAGGAUUUGAAAAGGUGAAAAUUAGUAAGGCUUAGCCAUAGGGGUAAAGGAGAGGUAGAAGUGACUAGGUAGGGAACUUGGCAAAAAACGGGCAGGGUAAAGCUUAAAAGAUGGUAGAGAGGUAGGAUUUUAAAAGGUUGGAAUUGCUAAGGCUUAGGGGUAGAGGGAUAGGCACAAACCAGCUUGAGGUGGAUUGUAGUUGAGGGGUUCAAGGUGUGUAAACAGUGUUUUGCCGGACCGUGUCCGGUCCGGUCCGGAUUUUCAAAAAUUGCAAGAUUGAAAAUAACUUUUUAGCUUAUGGUUUGAAGUUUUAAAAAAUAAAUAACUUUUGUGAAGGUCGUUCUCAUACAAGUUCCUCGCUAAACAUUCGGACCGGCCGGACCGAAUCGGCCUUGCCGGUCCGAGAUUACAUUUCGGUAAUAACUUGAUAGCCAAAGACGGACCUUCACAAAAUUUAUUUAUUUUUUAAAACUUCAAACCAUAAGCUAAAAAGUUAUUUUCAAUCUUGCAAUUUUUGAAAAUCCGGACCGGUCCGGCAAAACACUGUGUGUAAACAAUAGGGAAGAGCUUAAGAAAUCUCAGGCCAAUGGCGAAAAGUAAGGUAAAAAUAACGGGUGAUAGGGUGGAUUCUGAUUCAAAAAUAGAAGGGUAGGGUAAAAACAACGAUGCUUAACAUACUUUUUCGGUUAUUUUAAAAUCGAAAAAUAGAUGAUUACUAUAGCUUUUCACGUAAUAGUCGUUCAGUUGCCCAACCUUAUGAUACAUUAACAUAGCCUUAGAGAAAUUGCAAGAAACGGUGUUACGCAACGUUUUCUGAUGUAAUAUUAUUCUCUUUUGUAAUAUUUGCCUCGAUGUAAAACGACCCAACAAAUUACUGCGAGUGUUGGGAUUUUACUACGAUUCACCGCGAGUAUAACAAUAUUAUUCGUUUCUGUCUUCGAGGUUAAGGUAGGGCAAAUUAAAUCAUACAAAGCUUUUUUAGGGUAGGCUAGGCUAGAAGAUGGUAGGAUGACUGCUAAGCUUGUCGUUGGCUAGGAUAUUAUGGGGGUAGGGCAACGUAGAGGAUGGUGAUCAACAUGGACUUAGGAAUACCAAGUAAUGGGGUAGGUUAUUGAACGGGUAUGGGUACGGGUAGGAGUAAAGGCUAAGUCUGGGUAAGGUAUAGUAGGGUUACGUAUUGUAGGGUAGAUAUAAGGCUAUUAUAAGGGUAUGACUAAACUUUGACCAUGGUGAGGCUAGGGUAGUGCCAGGAUGAAGCUAGACUGGACUAAGUUGGUUGUUUUUUAUCGAUUUUUAUAAUGAGGGAGUACUGUAACUGAUUUUUUCAAAAUUUUUAAUCAUUUGCGUUUUUAAAAUUUUUUUUUCUUUUUAAAUUUGAUUUUUUUAGCUAGCCAUGCACUCCGGAAUCUCAUCCCGUCGACAGAGCGAAAUGAUCUUGGAUCCAACUAAAGGUAGGCGACUAAAAAUAUAUUUAAAAAAAAUUUUUUUACAAUAAAAGUACCGCUAUACUAAAAUUUAACAGCCGAGAAUUUUCAAAUUUUGUUGUGAGCUUAAAAAACUUCAAAAUUUUCAUGCAGACGAUGAUAUUGCUGUCAGUCACUGGCGAACGGCGGCCUAAAUAAGUACUAAAAACUUUUUUUGACGGCAAAAAAAUUAAAAUCCGUGACAGCCGGCUCUUCUUUAAAUUUCAAACUAGGAAAAACAUCCAUUUUUAGUAAAAAUUUUAUAAUUUUUUGAAGUUAUACGGUAGAUAUACUAUACUGUAUAUACAGUUAGUCCACGGACUUUUGGCGCACCCUGUAUUGUACUAGAGAUUACUCUAGGGCUUAGGUAGCUUUAUGGUACAAGUAAGGGAAGGGGAGGGGGGAAAGUAGUGGCAGGGGGACUAGAGAUAAAAAAAUUGCCAGAGUUUUAAUGGUUUUAACAUCAUACGUUAGGAAGGGGAGGGUAAAGCUACGGCAUUGAGACAACGGGACAACUAGGGCAGGGACGUCGUUUGGGGGAGGGGGUUGGUUCGUGGUGACUUCCCAGAGCCGAUCCGAAAAAAAACCCACAGGAAAAAAACACGUACAGGUAGUACCUACCUGUGGGUUUAUAAAUUUUUUUUAAGUCUCUACCCCCCCAGAAAAACCGUAGCGACGUCCCUGAACUAGGGGAAUGCUAGGGAAUGGGGAGAAAGGAAGGCUAUAUACAUGGGCAUGCGAACUAUGGCACGUCUAAGGGAGGAGAAGUUUGUGCAUGGGGGCUAGGGGAAAGCUAGGCUAAGGCAUGAAGACCAGGAUUUGGUAGGAUAAAACUGGACUGUAAAGCAGGGGUAGGGCAGAGAUAAGCUAGGGAUAGAUUCGGGUUACGAUGAGAAAGAGGAAUAGUAGUGGUCGGGACGGCAUGGUACGGUCAUGUUAAGACUAGUAUUUCAGGUAUUGUACGGUAAGGUGGGGUACGAUAGUUAAGGAAAAGUAGGGUAAGGUAGGGUACGGUACGGUAGGGUACGGUACGGUAGGUUAGGGUAGGGUACGGUAGGGUAGGGUGGUACGGUAGGGUAGAGUAGGGUGGGGUAGGGUAAGGUAUAAAACUCCGUUUUCCAACUCCUAGUGUAAUAUGUAUGAAUCUCAUAAUAGGUUUUUAUUUGCAUUUUGAAGAACUCAUUCCACUUUUAAGUGCACAUCGUAGUUUUUAAUAUUCGAAUAAGACGAAGACUCUGGCACAUUUUGUAAACAUUACACUUUACAUGUUCUGCAUAAUAUAUUUAUGUUUAGUAGGGGGAGGGACAUGUCUGGAGUUGUAAAAAAUUUUAAAAGAUUUGUUUUCAGGCUUAGGCUAAUAAAUUAUGUUCCGGGCUAGGCUAGGCUUAGACUAGGCUUAGGGUUCGCUUACGUUAGGCUUAGGUCUGAUUUUGGCUAGGCGUUAGGCUAAGCUUGGACUAGGCUUAGACUAGGUUUAUUCUUAGGCUUGGCUUAGGUUGGUCUUAGGCUGUGCAUAGACUGUGCAUAGGCUGGGGGGGCCAGGCUUAGAAUAGGCUUAGUCUCAGGCUUGGCUAGGUUUAGGCUUAGGCAUAGGCAUAUGCUUAGACUCAGGGUAGGCUUAGGCUGGGAUUAGGCUGGGCUUAGGUUAGGCUUAGGCUUAGGCUUGGCUUCGGCUGGGCAUAGGCUGGGCUUAGACUGGGCUUGGUCCGGGCUGGGCUGCGCUGGGCUUAGACAAGACUGGGCUUGGCUUCGGCUUGUGCUUGGACUGAGGCUUAGGCUAGGUUUAGUUUUGGCUUAGCUUAGGUUUAUAUUAAGUUUAGGCUUUGUUUUCGUGCCAUUUCAUCAAAAUAUCGAUAAAGAAAUGGCAGUAUAAAUAACUUUUCUUCACAUGUGUUUCCACUUUUGGUGAACCCUUUAUGAGUACAUACUCUUUAAAUAUAUUGAGGUAUAAAAAAUGUUCGUCUUGGACUUUGGAACAACAUUUGAUAGCAGUAGAAAGUUAUUCCAGUUUAUUCCUGGGUUUAUUAUCUUUUUUAUGUUUAUAAAAAGAGGUUCUCGUUGGUGUAAUGAGCACUCGAAAGCUGAAUAAUCAAGGUAUAGGCUUUUGGCUUUGGCUUAGAGAUCUUAGGAUUGGUAGGGUCGUGGGCUUGUGCUUUUGGUUUUAGGUUUAGGCUAGGCCUAGGCUAUGCUUAGACAAAGCUAGGUCCCAAAAAGAUUUCGUCUUAUGCUAGGGUUUGGCUUAGGCUAGGCUUGGGUGAGGCACACACAAUGCAUACGCUAGGCCAUGAAUAGGCUAGUUUUAGGAUUAAACUAAGCCUAGGCUUAGGUUUCUAGGCUUAGGUUUCUAGGCUUAGGCUUCUAGGCUUAGGCUUCUAGGUUUAGGCUUCUGGGCUGAGGCUUUUGGGCUUAUGCUUCUAUGCUUAGGUUUCUAGGCUUAGGCGUCCAGGCUUGGUCUUCUAGGCUUAAUCUUUUAGGUUUAUAUUCAGGGCCGGGCGGGGACUUUUGGUCUUGGGGCAGGGGCAAAAUUUUUUUUCCGAAAAUUCACAGGGGGACCACGUUCAACUUUUUUUUCAAAAAAUUUUUUUUUGUGGGGGUACCUCCUUCCCCGUCUUCCCCCCUCCUCCCCCCCCUCGCGCCCGGCCCUGUUUAUAUUGAGCAAGCUUAACUUUUUAUGAUUUUUAAGCUUGUUCCUCUUAGCGUGUUUUGCUACCGUCGUACCCCUUCUUCCAGAUACCCCUUUGCACUCCUUUUAGACACCCCCUUGCUUUCCUUCCACAACCCCUCCCUGUCCCUAUCCUUUUAAGGUUUUUCCAAAAUUAAAACUUUGGUUCGAAUUAAACCGUUUGUUGACAUUUCCAAUGUAACUCAAAAACAAAAUGCGGUCGAACUUGAGGCGGGGGGAACGUACUAUUCCUUUUGUUAUUUCCUCAUUCGAUUUCCGUCCCAAAACACAGCAUUAGAAACAGUCAAAUAUCGCCAUAAUUGGAGUCGAUUCGAGUUCCGGUAAUUUUGCUAAUGAACUCGCGGCACGGUCCGUUCCCUUUUUUGGGUAACAGAUUUUUCGGGUUUGGCGGGUUUGUCCCAAAUACUAUAAAGUAUUAUGCAGCUUUUAACGUAACGGUUCACGCACUUUGUUGUUUUGACAUUUGUUUCCACUUCGAACGUCAUAAUGUUCAUGUUACUUUGGAAAGUGGGGUGGUUGGAAGGGAGUACCUCGAAGACGAAAGGAGGGGUGUCUAGGAGGGAAGGGACACAAUAUCCGGAAAGAGAAGAAGGGGUUGUCUGGAAGGGGUAUCCAGAAGACGAGUGAUGGUACUCUAUUGGUAGAGUGGGGUCAGUGAAGCGACACAUAAUUUUUUUAAUUGUGUGGGUGGUUACUUUCAAUUUUUUUCGAGGUUAGUGGGCGGGGCGAAAUGACCCGAAUUUGCAUAUUUCUCCUGAUUUUUUGCAUCGGUUUAGGUUUUGCAGGCUGCGGGGGACAUGUUAUACGAUCACAAACAAAAUUCAGUUUAAAACUACGAAAAAAAGAAACAAUGGCGAGAACUUUCUUUACAAAAUACAAAAUGUCAAGAACGUUCUUUACAAGACAAAAAACGGCAAGAACUUUGUUUACAUGACAAAAAAAUGCUAGAACUUUCUUUACAAAACGAGAAAUGGCAAGAACUUUCUUUACAAAACAAAAAAUGGCGAGAACUUUCUUUACAAAUCAAAAAAUGGAAAGAACAUUUUUUACAAAACAUAAAAUGGCAAAUGUAUUUUCAAGAUUUGCCAAAUUACAAAAUGCCUCCAGUAUCGUGCACACGAUUCGAAACUGUCAAUUGCGCUUGUUGUUUAUCCGUUUCGAAUUAUUUUGCGUUUUUUGGAAUACUAAAUUCAAAUUUAUUGGCCAACAAAAAAGCGAUUAUUUGGGGGAAUUAUUGUUUUCCAGUCGAAAUUAGCCGCCAGUACGACUUUAAUUAUAUCAUUUUUAAGUUUAGCCUAAAAUGACUUUUUUAUAAUGCCCUACCCCUACCCCUACCCCUACCCCUACCCCUACCCCUACCCCUACCCCUACCCCUACCCCUACCCCUACCCCUACCCCUACCCCUACCCCUACCCCUACCCCUACCCCUACCCCUACCCCUACCCCUACCUCUACCCCUACCCCUACCCCUACCCCUACCCUUACCCCUACCCCUACCCCUACCCCUACCUCUACCCCUACCCCUACCCCAACUUCUAUCCCUACUCCUAACCCUACUCCCAAUCCCUUUUCCAUCCUUUGCCCUUACUCUUAUCUUGCCCCUCUCCUUGCUUUAGCCUUGCUCUACUAUUGCCUUAACCUAUGCCCAACCUCUACCUUUGAUCAUUCCUCCCCCCCUCGCCAUCAUUUUUUUCCUAUUUUUAGCCUUAAACGUGCCUUAACAUAUGAUCUAUUACUACUUAUGUUUAUACCUCUAUCAGGGCCGGGCGGGGACUUUUGGUCUGGGGGCAGGGGGUCCAAAAAAUCGGCACAGGUGCCGUUUUUGCGAAAAUUUUUUUCCAAAAAAUCCACAGGGGGGACCACGUUCAAAUUUUUCGAAAAUUUUUUUUCUGGGGGGAGUACCCCCCCUUCCCCCCCUCGCGCCCGGCCCUGACCUCUAUAUCAUUUUGAUUGUUCUACUCAUGAUUAUGUUCAUGCGGUUUAUGCUCUCAGUUGUGCCUUACUUAUUUUGCUGCCUAUUUUUAAUUUUACAGUAUUUUUAAUGUUCAUGGCUCAGCAUUAGUCCUACAUACUACCAAAAGUAAUUUUUUUAUUUUCAGCCGCGCCAGUGCCUUCGAUGGACGAAAGGAUAGUAUUGAAUGUUGGUGGUAUUCGUCACGAAACGUAUCAAGCUACAUUGAAAAAGAUUCCGGCUACACGGUUGUCACGCCUAACUCCAGCUCAAGCCAACUUUGACCCUUUAUUAAACGAGUACUUUUUCGAUCGGCAUGGCGGGAUCGUCUUUGAACAGGUAAGAAGAGGGGUAUUGAGUGGAUACGGCAAGGUGAGACAGGGUAAGACAGUGUAAGGUAGCACUAGAUAGGGUAGAGCAGGAUAGGGUAAGGUAGAUAAAAGCGAGUUAAGAUAGAGUAUGGGAUUUUCUGGGCAGAACACUUUUUGGGCAUGGUAAUUUGUUUAGGUAUGGAGAAUUUCUGGGCAUGGGAAAUUUUUUAGGCAUGGUAAAAAUGUUGGGCAUAGUAAAUUUUUUGGGCAGUGUAAAUUUUUGGUGGCGUGGUAAAUCUUUUGGGUAUGGAUAAUUUCUGGGCGUGGUAAAUUGUUUGGGUAUGGUAACUUUUCGGGCAUGACAUUUUUUGGGCAUGGCAAUUUUUUGGGCAUGAUAAAAAUUUUGGGCAUGGUAAAUUUUUUGGACAUAGUAAAUGUUCGGGCAUGAAAUCUUCUCGGACUUGUCAUUUCUUGGGCAUGGUAAAUUUUUUGGGAAGUGUAAAUUUUUUUGGGCAUUGCUAAAUUAUUGGACAUGGUAAAUUUUUUUGGGCAUGGCAAGUUUUUUGGGUAUGGCAAUUUUUUCGGGCAUGGUAAAUUUUUUGAGCAUGAUAAAUUUAUUAGGCAUGGUAAUUUUUUUGGACUUGGUAUUUCUUUGGGCAUGGCAUUUUUUUGGGCAUGUAAAUUUUUUGGGCAUGGCAAAUUUUUGAGAAUAGGUAGGGUAGAGUGGGGUAGGUUUGUAAGGGUAUUUGUGGAAUGACUAGCUAUUUUUUAGAUACUAAACUACUACAGAACGGGCAAGCUUCAUUAUCCAACGUCAGUUUGUGGCCCUUUAUUCGAAGAAGAACUCGAAUAUUGGGGUUUGGACGCUAAUCAGGUGGGUUUUAAUCAUUCUUUAAAAAAAUUUUUUUUUGUUUUUAGGCUUUAAGGAGUAGUCUUGAGAGAGGGUAGAUUAGGCCUAAGGUAGGGUAAAACGUUUAAAGAUAACGGUUGGGGUAGAUGUAGAGGUACGCGUCGAGGUAGUUGAAGGGGUGGCGGUGGUUUUGCUCAAAUUUUGAAAUGAUAAGUCAUUUUUUAGGUAGAGCCAUGUUGUUGGAUGACAUAUACACAACACAGGUAAGUAUUUUUUCAUUUAAAAAAAAUUUUUUAAACAAAAAAAAAUUUUUGAUUUUUUGAAAUUUUUAAAUUUAGAGACACCCAGGAAACCCUAGCAGUGUUAGACAAGCUAGAAAGCUCAUGUAAUAUUGAGGACAAUCCACAAGAAUUCGAACAGACAAUGAUGAGAAAGUUCGGUUGGGAAGAGCAUUAUUAUACAGGAGAAGUGACCAGUUGGAUGAGGUUGAAACCAAGGAUAUGGGCAUUGUUUGAUGAACCUUACUCUUCUACGGGUGCUAAGGUAAGCUAAUUUUACCCUACACUACUCUACCCUACCUUACCCUACCCUACUCUACCCUACCCUACCCUACCCUACCCUACCCUACCUUACCCUACCCUACCCUACUCUACCUUACCCUACUCUACCCUACCCUACUUUACUCUACCCUACCCUACCCUACCUUACCCUACCCUACCCUGCUCUACCUUACCCUACCUUACCCUACCCUAUUUUGCCCUACCCUACUCUAUCCUACUCUACCUUGCUCUAAAGUAUUCUAACUUACUCUACUCUACCGUAACCUACUCUACCUUGCUCUAGUCUGCCCUAUUCUACCUUUCCCUACUUUACUAUGCUCUGUUCUACUCUACACACUCCUAUUUAACUUUGCUUUACAGUAUCUGUUUUCUACCGCCUAGGUUAUACUCUACCCUAACUUUCUUUACUUUACCGUACUCUAAACCUACCAUAACAUACUAUACUGUAUAUAUACGUUAUUUGGUUUUUAACUCGCUUUCGCAUUCUAACAUAACAUUUGCUUGUUCUCCCCGACCUGAAACUCACUACAAUUUUGUUUUACUCUACCUUGGUCUACCGUAUCUUGACAUAUAAUUUUUCCAUUUUCAGAUAGUAGCAGCAAUCAGUGUCUUCUUUAUUGUAAUGUCGAUCGUAUCAUUUUGCCUUAAGACACAUCCAGGCUUUCGAGUCUACAGUUUGGCCUACGAGAAUCAUAGUGAAAUUGUGAAUGGGUACUACACAGUGUCGAGGGUCAACACCGAACCGAUGCUCAUUUUUUGGAUUGUGAGUAUUAAAUUUUUUUUUAAUUUUUGAAAAUUGUAAAUAAAGUUUUUGCAAAACAAAAAUAUUUUUAAAAAAUGCCGUUUUCUAUCAUUGUAAACAAAGUUAUAGCGGUUUUUCGAAAGUUCACAAAAAAUGAAAUUUAACUUUAAUUUUGUAAAGAAAUUUUCUUCUAUCUGUCAAACAUUUCUAAAAAUUAUUUUUUUUACCAUUGUAAACAAAGUUAUUGCGAAAUAACUGAUUUCUGCACCGUGCAGCGCCAUUCGUCUUUUUUGCACAGUGCGAAAGCGCGAUCCCGUCCGAUCUGGCAAGUUAAGCAACGGUGCACUUGAUUAUAAAAAGUUCGAGGAGCACUGGGUGAAAACAAGGUUUUUGGGGUUUUUAAGGUGCUGCAAAGAAAGUUUUUGCUUUUUUUGUUUUGGGGUGGUAAAAAAUGGCAUUUUAAGCUUAUAGAGAAAUGGAAAUAAAAUUUUUGCCAUUUUUUGUUUUGUAAAGAAAGUUCUUGUCAUUUUUUGUUCUGUAAAGAAAGUUCUUGCCAUUUUUUGUUUUGUAAAGAAAGUUCUUGCUAUUUUUUCAAAUCUAUAAUAUUUUCAGAUAGAACUCAUCUGUAAUAUGUGGUUUACUUUUGAGAUUUGUAUGCGUUUCCUCUUCUGCCCCUGCCGUAUCAAAUUCUUCAAGAACCCUUUAAACAUAAUCGACUUGAUAUCAACAUUGAGCUACUAUGUAGACAUGGUAAUGGUCAGGUUACUGCGAAAUGAAGCGCCUAAGGACGUGAUGGAGUUUUUGUCGAUGAUUCGUAUCCUAAGGCUAUUUAAGUUAACUCAACAUCAUCGUGGACUUCAGAUUCUGAUCCAUACCUUCAGGGCAUCGGCCAAGGAAUUGUUUUUGCUGGUGUUUUUCCUUGUUUUGGGUAUAGUCAUCUUCGCCACGUUGAUAUAUUAUGCCGAGAAGACGCAGGUGAACCCGCAUAAUCAGUUUAAUAGCAUACCUGAAGGGCUAUGGUUCAGUAUCAUCACCUUUACUACGGUAGGAAUGAUUCUUUUUUUGUUUUUAUAUAUUAAUUGUUUUCCUUUACCCCUACCUUACCCUACUUUGCCCUAUCUCAAACAACCCUACCAUAACUGUACCCCUACCCCUACUCCUACCCUGCCCUUCUCAACCCUACCGUACCCUUACCUGUACCCCAUACGAUGCUUCUAACAUAGAAAAUUUCCUACCCCCACUCCUAUCCCUGCCUAGUCAUGCUCUAUCCUUACCUUUAAUCGUGCCUUAGAGCAAGUCUACCCCUAUGUUUUAUCAUAACGGACGUUUUGUGCUUUGCACUAGCCUUACUAUACCAUUUCAGGUUGGAUUUGGAGACAUGGUACCCAGAACAUAUCUAGGCCGGCUGGUUGGUGGGCUAUGUGCUAUAAUGGGCGUUUUGACUAGUAAGUAGGCCGUCAUGACAUCUAAUGUAAACUAGCUUUUCCUAGCCUGAAUCAUGAAAGAAAAAAAUAGGAAAAUUAUUUUAGUCGCCCUGCCAGUCCCAGUCAUUGUGAGCAACUUUUCCAUGUUUUACAGUCAUUCACAGGCCAGAGACAAGCUACCAAGGAAGAGACGAAGAGUGUUGCCUGUUGAACAGGUAAGUCUAGUUUUAUAAGCCUAGGCUUAGCCUAACCCAAGCCACCCAAGCCACUUCUAAGCCAAUUCUAAGCCUCAGCCUAGAGGAUGUUUAGCCUAAACCUAACAAGGGUUGGGACACUUCCGUUGUAAGCCUAACUCUAGCCAUGGUUCUAGUCUAGCGCUAGUCUGGUUUUGGCCUAGCUUAGUUCUAGCACAGCCUAACCUAGUUCUAGUCUAUCUUUAGCCUAGUUCUAGUCUGGCACUAGCCUAGUUCUAGUCUAGUUCUAGCCUAGUUCUAGUCUAGCCCUAGCCUAGUUCUAGUCUAGCCCUAGCCUAGUUCUAGCCUAAUUUUACCGAAGUUUAGCCAAAUUCUAGUAUAAAAAGUAAAUUAUGAUGCAAUAGUCGCUCAGUUGCCUAACCUUAUGAUAUAUUAACAUAGCCUUAGAGAAAUUGCAAGAAACCGUGUUACGCAACGUUUUCUGAUGUAAUGUUGUUUACUUUGGCAAUAUUUGCCUCGAUGUAAAACGACCCAACAAAUGACUGCGAGUGAUGGGGUUUUACUUCGAAUUUCUUUGAGGUUAGGGCAGGGUAGAGAGAGGUUAGUUCAUUUAAUUUUUUUAAUCAUUUUUCCUACUCUGCCUUACCUGAAAGACUUGGGUAGGCUAGGAUAGUCUGCAUACCGUUAAAGUAGGGAAAGGCAUGGACAUUAUAGGGGUAGGGCAUCAAAGAAGACAGUCAUAGGCAUGGAAUCAAGAAUAAAUGGGGUAGGGUAGGGGUAGGCCAUCGGAAAGGUGGUGGGUAGGAGUAGAAGCAACGGUAGGGGUAAAAGUAGACAGGAAUAUGUUAUGAUAGGUACAUCAGGGGUUGGAGGAUCGGUAUAAGCAGGGGUAGAGGUAAGACUGAGGUAUGUUCAAAGGUAGGGUUAGGUAACGUAGUGUAGGGUACGGUAGGGUAAAGUAGAGUAGGGCAGGGCAGGGUACGGGUAGGUUAGGGUAAUGUAGUUUAGGAUACAUUAGGAUAUACCCAACUAAGCUACACUCACUUCCAGGUCCGACUUCAAGUUCGUCGUCAUGCUCAAGUCCUUGAGGCUACAACAACACAACGCAGAAACGCCAUAGCCUCGGUUUAUAAUGACAUACCAAAGUUUGCUACGGUCAACUGUAACAACAACAAUAAUAAUAUAAAAAGGGAUAACAGCUUCACGAAUUUGAGUGUAAAUAAUGGCAGCGUUUGUGGUAAUAACGUCAAUAAUGGUACAAAUGGGUUGUAA